GGAUGAAUGCAACAAGAAAAGGAAAGUGUUUUCUACCAACUGUCAGUGUUUAUCUGCACCGUACAAGUGUUAGGGAAUACUUUUUGCCCUUUUUUGACAAACGUUAAAUAAAAUAAUAACAUAUUAAAGACCAGUCAUGGCGCUCACCGAUGCUGACGUACAGAAACAGAUCAAGCACAUGAUGGGCUUCAUUGAGCAGGAGGCCAAUGAGAAAGUUGAUGAAAUUGAUUCUAAGGCAGAGGAAGAGUUCAACAUCGAGAAAGGGCGUCUGGUGCAGACUCAGAGGGUGAAAAUCAUGGAAUACUAUGAGAAAAAGGAUAAGCAGAUUGAACAACAUAAGAAAAUACAGAUGUCCAACCUGUUGAACCAAGCAAGGCUUAAGGUGCUGAAGGCUCGGGACGACAUGAUCACGGAUUUACAGAAUGAUGCUCGUCAAAGACUUGCAGAGAUUGCCAAGGACCCGGAGAAUUACUCCGUCCUAUUGCAGGGCAUGUUGCUUCAGGGAUUCUUUCAGCUACUGGAACCUAAAGUGACCGUCCGCUGCCGAGAGCAGGACGUAGAAAUGGUUCAGGAGGCAGUUAAUAAGAACAUCCCCAUCUACAGAGAGGCAGUGAAGAUCAACAUAGUCGUAAAAAUCGACACAGUGCGCUUUCUUUCGUCAAACAUCUGCGGAGGGGUUGAGGUGUAUAACGAUAAUGGGAAGAUCAAGGUUUCCAACACCUUGGAGAACAGGCUGGAACUCAUUGCACAACAGAUGAUGCCUGAAAUCAGAGUGAAGUUAUUUGGCGCCAAUCCAAACCGCAAGUUCUUGGAUUAACGGUGGAUUUGAGGAAGGCAGCGAGGACAUGCACGGGUGGAAUAAACUGUACGAGGUGAACACAGACUUUCAUCAUACUGAGCAAGAGUCCUCACAAUCACCCACCACACAUUAAGGUCAAAGAGAAACCUGGUUUACUGCUACUGAUGUGUUCAUAUAUCUUUUUCUUUUUCUACUAAUGGACUGAGUAAUAAUACAGCACAUGCACUACAGGGAAUGUCUUAAGGACUAUUUUAAAUUGCAUUGCAAAUAUGUUUUCCUACUCUUGGGAAAUGUUACUCUUUACUACUUGAUCAAUGUGAUCAAAGCUACAUAUUAAGUCCCCAAACAUACACAUUUUCAGACUAUAAUGUGUGUGAUUAACUGGUAUGUUUGCCAAAUAUCCCUUGUGUGUGUAUAGAGAGGCGAAGUCCCUCCCCUUCCGGUGGGACUCAUGGGACCUUAUUUCGGAAAAAGUUUGUAUUGAAGU